AAAGUUUUUUUAUUCCUUCUCAACAUUUCAACUAACAAUGUCAUUUGCAGCUCCUCAAGCGUCCUUAAAUAAUGCAAAGACCAGGUCUACAGAUGAUGUAGCAGACGAUGCUACCAUUUCAAAUGCUGGAAGCACAGCGAAAACUACUGACGUCGUAAAUGAUCAGGACUCGACGAUAACAACAGCAUCAGCAAAGACCACAGGUUCAGUGUUUGCAAUGCCUUUAGCACCUGCCACCAAGAAAAAUAAUAGCCUUGCUAUGCCACCACCACCACCACCAGUGCCCCUGUUCCCAAAGGACCAUUUGCAACAGCAACAACAUUCUAAGCAUCCAGAUCAAGACAGCCAAGCCAAUGAUUCAAUCCCAGUCACGGCGACAACGACGACGUUGAAGAUAAAGACGGUCCUCCCUAAUGCGCCCCCAUUAAAGUAUCAGAAACCUGCUUGGAGUGGUUAUCCUAAUCAACAGUUUUACUUCGAGGUCAUUAAGAACGGGGUCAUUGUCGAAAAAAUCCAAGCUCCUGAGAAGGAAUUUCUGGUUAUUGGUCGUUUACCCAUGUGUGAUCUUGAAAUGGAGCAUCCAUCCCUUUCACGUUAUCAUGCAGUGGUUCAGUUCAAGAGCAAUGGUGAAUGUUUUAUUUAUGAUCUCAACAGUAGCCACGGUACAAGACUCAAUAAGAACAAAAUCCCUCCAGGCAUGCAUGUCUCUCUUAAGCCAGGCGAUCAACUUCGAUUUGGUGAGAGUACUCGUAUCUAUCUCUUCCAGACCGAAGAGGUUAUUGAUCAGGAAGAAGAGGAUCGGAAACUAGUGGCUACCAUGAUCGAAAAACAGAAUCGAUCCAGAAGUGAGCGACAGGGCGAAGAACAGGAAGAAGAAGAGUUUAAUUGGGGGAUGCAUGAAGAUGCUAUGGACGAGGACGAAAUGGAUGAAUCCAUGGAGAAUGGAUCAACGCAGAGAAGAGCUGUCGAUCCAGAUGCUUAUUAUAGAAAGGAUCCCAAGAAGGCUCUCCGCCAUUAUCUCGAGAACAAGGGCUACAGCUGCGAUUAUGAGGUUGAAGAAAGUGGGCCAGGGCAUGCUCGAGAAUACACGGCCCGUGUUCGUCUUCCCAUCGAGACCGCCAUGGGUCCUGUUUAUGGUGAAGCAACCGCAGGAAGGAGACGUGAUGCUGAAAGGGAAGCCGCUCUCGAUGCUUGCAUCCAGUUGGACAGCCGAGGGAUGCUUGGGCAAAAAUCUUCCGGUGAAGGAGUUUCUCAAGCAAAGACCAAGAAAUUUGAGCACUCGGAUGACGAUGAUGACGACGAGUUUUAUGACAGAACUGUAAAGAAAAAGAGCUCCUCAAUUAAAAAAGCGGAGCAAAAGGCGGACACAUAUGAAUCGCUCCAGGAAAAGUACAAAGCGUUACAGGCAGAUAUGGCAUCGAUUGAGACGAAAAUCCGGGAUUAUGAUACAACAGCGGCAACGAGGAAGGAACUUGAAAACUCGGGCGAUCUUGACGCCUACUUGGCUUCUCUUGAAAAGUCGGGAGGCGAUUCAAAGGCUAAAAUGCAACAAAACCUGGCUGCUAUGAAAAAGGAAGAGAAAAGAUUAAUUCAGUUGAUUGAGUUCACAAAGCCAAUUGAUAUCAUGGCCAAGAUUGGAGCUGGAGCUGGGGUGAGGGUAGAGGUCAGUAGUAGCAGCACGAAUGCAUUAACUGCAAACAAAAAUACUUCAGCAAAUAGCACCAAGCGUUCGAAUGAACCCGAUACUCCUGUUGAAAGUGAGACGAAAAAGCCAAGAGUUCUCGGCCCAUCGCUUCCACCGCCAUUAUCAUGAUCCUGUCUCAACAUUUUGUUUUCGAAAUAAUAUUGCCAUAUAUUUUUAUAUCUUGUUUUAUUUCCAAUGAUCGCAUGGGAAACGUAAAAUAUGAACACUGGGGAGAGGGAGAAAGAGAGAGACGGCC